AUGGCCCUCCCACUACCCACCACCAUGCCUUUACUCUGCCCCAUAUAUCUACCAGGUCAAGAACCCGUACCGCCCGGGACGAGCGAUUGGGAGAGACAGGAGAUGCAGACUGCAUUGAGGUAUCAGAAGUAUCUCGGCAUGGCCAUGGAGAGCUGUCCUUUGAAAGUGGUCUUGUCGGGCGGUGCAGGCUUCGCUCUGGGAGGUUUCUUCUCCCUCAUGUCAGCUACAUUCGCCUACGAAGAUCCCUUAUCCCGAGCUUCAUCCCAGUUAUCCACGAGGGCACAGACAAUGCACGUAUUCAAGGAGAUGGGAAGGAACAUGUGGAGUAGCGGUAAAGGUUUUGCUAAAGUCGGUGCAAUUUAUUCAGGUGUUGAAUGUUGUAUCGAAGGUUACCGAGCCAAAAACGAUAUAACGAAUGCUGUCUCAGCUGGUUUCUUAUCCGGUGCGAUCCUAGCUAGAAACUCGGGAUUAAAAGCUGCCAUGGGAGGUGGUCUCGCUUUUGCUGCGUUCUCGGGAGCGAUCGAUUGGUAUUUGAGGAAAGAACCUGCCGAGUGA